AUGGACUUCAACAGCGUGCUCCAGGGCGUCCUGCCUACCUUUGUAGCCAACGCCAGCCAUGGCAGCAACUCUUCAGCGGACAACGGGCUUCCCGAUGGCCUACUCGACACGCUGUCCCCCCUCUUGGGCAUGAGCUUACAGCUCAACCCCUUGAUGAGGCUGUUCAUGAUUCUUUACAAUAUGGUUGGCAGCCACCUAGGCAUCGACCCAACCUACAUCAUCACCAUGGCUGGUUUUCUUUGGGCCGGGAACAAAGUCUGGGACCAGCUGUACGCGACCUUCUACGGGCUGGCUCGCCAGUACUUCAUGGCGAACAUCGAGGUUAGCAACUCGGACGAUAUCUACUACCACCUGAUGAAGUGGCUCGCUGCCCAGCCCAAGAUGGUCGAUUCCCGCUCCCUCACCGCCGAGACGGCCUCCAAGGGUGCCUGGGAAGAAGAAGACGAGUCUGAGCUCCUGACAGCACGCGUGUCCCCGGACGGCUCCGACAUCUUCCUCAACUUCUCGAACCAGGAGGCCAAAGCUGCUCCUCGCUUUACCCCCGCCAUGGGCGUCCACAGCUUCUGGUUUCGGGGACGAUAUUUCAAGCUGCACAGGAAGCAGGAGUCGCUGUUUGAUCCGUCCGCCGGCUUCAGCGGCAUGCCCCAGUACAAGGACAAGGAGACGCUGGUGCUCUCGUGCUUCGGCCGUUCCCCGGAACCGAUCAAGCAGCUUCUUCAACACGCCAAGGAGCAGUACUAUCUCGACCACCAAGCCAAGACCAUCGUCAGGCGCCCAGCGCCCCAGGCCAUCCGCCGGUUCAGCCAUCGACACUCGUGGCAGCAAGUCGCUAACCGCCCCGUCCGCCCCAUGAAGACCGUGGUUCUCGACGACGAGCAAAAAAUUAGGAUUCUCUCCGACAUGAACGAAUAUCUCCACCCGGCCACGCCACGGUGGUACGCGAACCGCGGCAUCCCUCUUCGCCGGGGCUACCUGUUCCACGGCCCGCCAGGCACCGGCAAGACGUCGCUGUCGUUUGCCCUUGCGGGCGUAUUCGGCCUCGACAUCUAUGUCAUUUCGCUGCUGGAUCCGACCUUGACCGAGGAAGACCUCUUGGCUCUCUUCACCUCGCUUCCACGGCGCUGUGUAGUGCUUCUCGAGGAUAUCGACUCGGCCGGUCUCAAACGGACCGACGACCCAGAGCCUUCGGCCACCUCUUCUUCCUCCUCCUCCGACGAGAAGAACUCCAAAGAGCAGGAGGACGUCGAUAGCAAGGACAAGGACAAAAAAUCUCCCAAGAAGACGCGACAUAAGAGCAAGAAAGACUGGAAAGUCUCGGACCUUGCCCGCGAGCUCAAGCGUCAUGGCAACAUCGACUCGAUCGACAAGAAGGGCAUCUCGCUGUCGGGCCUGCUCAACGCGAUCGACGGCGUCGCCUCCCACGAAGGCCGCGUGCUCAUCAUGACGACCAACAAGCCCGAGAGCCUCGACGAGGCGCUCAUCCGACCAGGGCGUGUCGACCUGCAGGUAGCCUUCACCAACGCCACCCAACAGCAGGCGCGCGAGCUCUUCAUCAGGAUGUACGAGCCCGACAGCAGCAGGGCGCCCCUCCCCUCCUCCCCUCCCGCACCUCUCACGCCCUUCUCGGAACCGCCUCCCACCCCUUUUUCUCUGUUGUCCGAGAAGGACGGCAACCUCACCGACGUCUCGGGCGCCACCGAGGUCGGCGACGACGACGCUAUCCCUCCCAUCCGCACCACCACCACUACCCAUAACCCAGACAAGGGCCUCGUCAAGAAGCCUGCCCCGCUCAAACUCGGCAGCACCCUCAACAGCAUCACCGACGAGGAGAACGAGAAAUUAGAAGACAAGCUGCACCCGGCCGAGCUGUCGCACAUCGCCACACAGUUCGCGGCAAAGAUCCCACCGGGCCAGUUCUCGCCGGCCGAAUUGCAGGGGUUCCUGCUCAAGCGUAAGAAGACGCCGCGGCGGGCGCUCGACGAGGUCGAGGGAUGGGUUGCGGGCAUGUUGGUGCUUAAGGCGAGUCGCACUCGGGUUCUGGCUGUUCAGUAA